CAACAGCAGUGGAUAAGAAAGCUGAAAAAGAGGCGGACAACCGGUCCGCACAAUGAAAACUAGCACACCUCAUGUGUAGUUUUUAUCCACAGUGGAUUUUUUUUUUUUGCCACAGCAGGCCCUCAGCCGACACAGAGCCGGUCUUCGGUGUUUUGUGAAGCCGUGAGAGGUGAGAAACAACCCCACAGAGCGAGGAUGUUGGUCCCCGCUGGAAGAUAAUGAAGAGGCUGCGCGUUUUGUUGGUGUGCCUCAUCGCAGCUCUCCUGUCCUGGUACCCCAGUCAAUAUGUGUAUUGUUCAGAGCCGGGCUCGCCUGACUCAGCUCAGCCUGCCGGGGACAAAACCCCUAACGUCCCGCAGCAUGAGCAGGAGGAGGACUCCACGCAGCACAAGGUGUUGGAAGAAUGGACGACACACACAUCAUACGAUAUGGGACUGGAGGCAGAGAGAGCAGCACUAAAGCUGGCAGCACACAACAUUCACCAAGAACAGACUGUGAAUCCUGGAGAAGCUGAGCUGAAGGACACCAAGUCUGACCCUGAGUCUGAUCCAGAACCUGCUGCUUCUGAGCUAGACCCCCACCCAAUCCCCCACCCAGACCCCCAGGCUGAUGUGGUUCUGCAGCCUCACACCCAGAACCAGAAUCAGAACCAGGACCAGGCUGUACCUGUGUCCUCCACUCCAGAACCAGUUCCAGCACAGAUCCAGGAGUCUACAGACACCCCAGCUGCAGAGACCGUCACUGAGACUCCUGCUGCAGCCCCAAGCCUAGACACACCCCCUUCCUCUGAUGAAGCUGAACACAUACCUACCUCAAAGAGCGCCGACCCCGCCCACACAGGUGCAGUGUGGGUUGCCAGUGCAGGAGAUGAACUCCCAGUAGACAGCUUUGUCUCUGCUGAGCACUCUGACUCACAGUGCGGGGUCGUUCCCCCCGAACUGGCAACCUGUGAAAACUCCCCCUUUGGCCGCCCUCUCUUCAGCGCGGAGGAACCCGGUUCCAAGGACCAGCAAUUAGACCAGAUCCGCAGUUCUGGUUCUGAACCAGAGGUCCAGUCCACUCCAGGUCAGGUAGACCAGGAAAAACAACAACAACAACAGCAUCAACAGGAGCAACAGCAGGAGCAACAGGAUACGGAGGAUGGUCUGUCUGAUCCUGACCAGGAGAGAAAUGCCUCCCAGCUCCUCCAAGAACAGAAGGUGGGGGAUGCCAGUGUUGGCCCCGAGACUGAUCCCUCAGUGCCAAGUAAAGAGGACAUCCCGACCUUUGACGAGUGGAAGAAACAAGUCAUGGAGGUGGAGAAGGAGAAAAGUCAGUCUCUCCACACCUCCCCCACUGGCGUCCCCCACCCAGUAAAGAAGGUCCAGAAAAACUUCAAGAAUAACUACGCCUCAGUGGAGUGUGGAGCCAAAAUACUGUCUGCCAACAACGAGGCCAAGAGCACUUCAGCUAUUCUCAUGGAGAACAUGGACCUUUACAUGCUGAAUCCCUGCAGCAACAAGAUCUGGUUUGUUAUUGAGCUCUGUGAGCCGAUUCAGGUCAAACAGCUGGACAUCGCUAACUUUGAGCUCUUCUCAUCAACACCCAGAGAUUUUUUAGUUUCUAUCAGUGACAGAUAUCCGACCAACAAGUGGGUGAAGCUGGGGACCUUCCACGCGCGAGAUGAGCGAAUAGUUCAGAGCUUCCCCCUGGACGAGCAGCUGUAUGCUAAAUAUGUGAAGAUGUUCAUCAAGUACAUAAAGGUUGAACUUCUGUCCCACUUUGGAUCAGAACAUUUCUGUCCGCUCAGUCUCAUCAGGGUGUUUGGUACGAGCAUGGUGGAGGAGUAUGAGGAGAUUUCAGAUUCACAGUACCCCUCAGAGAGACUGGAGUACCUGGAUGAAGACUACGAUUAUCCUCCAGGCUAUCAACCAUCAGAAGACAAGGCCUCUAAAAACCUGCUCGGCUCAGCGACCAAUGCAAUCCUCAACAUGGUAAACAACAUCGCAGCUAACGUGCUGGGAGGCAAACCGGAGCUGGAGGGAGGAGCAGAGACAGGAGGAAACACAACGACAGAAAUGGUUGAAAAACAGGAGAGCCCAGAAGAAACCUCUAAACCAGCUGAAACACCUCCAGACUCUGCAGUACCGGAUCCUGCAGAGCAGAAACAUCUUGAAUCCCAGGAGGACUCCUCCGUCUCCAGUGAGCCUCCGCCUCCUCAGCCCUCAUCAUUGGACUCUCAGGAGGACAGACAGAUCGUCACCCUGGUGGAGGAGGAGGAGGAGGAGGAGGAGCCCAGACAGUCUACUGUCACUCUGAUGGAGGAGGAGGUGGAGGAAGAGGAGGGGGAGAAGAGGGAGGAGGAGACGAGGAGGGAGGCAGACAGGAAUAUGUGGGAGAGUCAGACAUACUGUCCCUUCUCCUCCCUCUCUUCCCUCUCUCUCUCCUGCAUGGCCACGCUGCCCGAGCUGCUCCACCGCUGGUGCUCCGCCCGCCUCGCUAGGGAGCGUCUCCGCAGCCUAAAGAGGAGGCAGCUGAGCGUCCACACACAGACAAACACCCCUGCCCUCACGCACACACCUCCACUCCUCCCCACCCCUGUCCCCACCCCUCUGAAAGAAGCCCCUCCCCUCUCAGAAUCGACUCCAGAGGCUGAGGUUCCUGUCCAGGGUCGGAGCGAGGAGCCAAACACACACAGUCCCGACACACACACUCCAGAUCUCGUCAUCCUCCUCGAGCCCAGCAGGACCUCCUCCCUCCCUGCCCACAGCUUCUCUGACUCCCACAGCUCCCUCACCUGGCCCACACCCACCCAGGAGGAGAAGCUGCUCCCCCCGAUCAAAGACGCAGCCCUCGACCCCGUCCCCACUCCUCCCCUCCAGUCCGCCUCUAUCCCAGAGACUGAGCCGGCCAACAUUGCCAGCCCCACCCUUUCUGUCAGCGCCCCCCCUCAGCCUGUAGCCACGGAGACACCCUCUCCUACCCUGGAGGUGCUCACCACGCUGAAGGAGCAUCCUGUACAGCCUCUCCCCACUGUGACAAGGCCUGAGGACCUCAUCCCCCCUCCCACUGAGCUGCCCCCAUCUCCCCCUCAGACUGAACCCCCCUCAGACUCAAUGAAGGCAGAUAUUGGGGACCCUCAGAGACACCUGGCCCAUCAGACUCAUGGUGAGCAGGGGGACUCCCUCUCCCAGACAGGUGACCCCCACCGGGUGGAGGACUCAGUGGAGGACGAGCUUCUGAGCUCUAAUGGGAACGCCCACCGCACGGCGACGGACUUCUACGCAGAGCUGCAGAACGGGGGAGAUUAUAACGGGGGUGGACUAAUUGGGAACGGGGUGAUGUUGAACGGGGGGACAGUGCACGGCUCCAGUCAGAAGGAGAGCGUCUUCAUGAGACUGAACAACCGCAUCAAAGCUCUAGAGAUGAACAUGAGUCUGUCGAGCAGAUACCUGGAGGAGCUUAGCCAGAGAUACCGUAAACAGAUGGAGGAGAUGCAGAGAGCAUUCAAUAAGACCAUCAUCAAGCUGCAGAACACCUCCCGCAUUGCAGAGGAGCAGGAUCAGAAACAGACCGACUCCAUCCACAUCUUGCAGAGCCAGCUGGAGAACGUCACCAAACUGAUGCUUAACCUCACGGCUACAGUCGGCCAGCUGCAGAGAGAGGUGUCGGACCGUCAGAGUUACCUGGUGGUCUCUCUGGUCCUGUGUUUGUUUCUGGGUGUCCUGCUGUGUCUGCAGUGCUGCCGCAACUCUUCUCCAAAGCCCAUCACCAACACUGCUGCCCUGCCCAAGAGCAACUACUACCCCAGCCCUAAGAGGUGUUUCUCCUCAUACGAUGAUAUGAGCCUGAAGCGAAGGGUGGCUUCUCCUCUUGUUCGCUCAAAGUCUUUCCACUUGUCCUCUACGGAUGUAGGUCCAGAUGACUUGUACAUUGUAGAACCUCUAAGGUUUUCUCCAGAGAAAAAGAAAAAACGCUAUAAGACAAAAUCUUUGGACAAAGUCGAGGUUCUGAAGUGUGAGUUGUCUCUCCCGCUCACAAACGGGGGACCAAAGUGUAACGGCUUCCAGCCGUGCCUCCCUGAACCUCCACCACCACCUCCCCCUCCUCCUCCUCCUCCCACUCCUCCUCCUCUUCCUCCGCCUCCUGCUAUCCCCUUACCUCCCCCUUCCUUUGCAGAGCAGAUACCAUCCCUGCCUCCUUCAGAGACCAGCAGUUGCAGCUCAUCCACACACUCUGAGGAGUCCUACACGAGCCGCCUCCCCCCUCCCUCCCCAAGCUUCCCCUCCGCCGGUCUCUGCAACGGCCACCCCCUCCCCCUCCAGCAGCAGACCCCCCUUAACAAGUCCCGUCAGGAGAAGCGCUCGAUGAAGAGGAGGAAAUCACGGCAGACGGAGCUGCAGUUCCCUUCUGUGACAGGGGGGCGUGUGGAGUCCCUGCCCAGCCUGCAGCAGCUGAUGAAGGGAAACAAGGAGAUCAAUGUGGGGACCAUCGGGGUGACCGCCGUCACCGGACACGUUUAAAAAAAAACACACAGAAACUUUAUACACAUACACACUUUAUGGUAGCAGACUCACGUAGGAAGGAGAUGAGAUCGUACUGCAUCCCAAAGAACCACAUUUCCCAUGAGCACCCAGAUACACCGAGGAGCUGUAGCAGAAAGGAGCUCAGCCUCCUCUGACCCCGCCCUCCGUCAGAGACCUGUUUACGGUUACGUGCCUUUUUAUCUGUUAAAGCUAAAGACCUGAUGAUGGACACAGAGACAUCCAUUACAUCCAUGUUUUUCUAAUGGAGAAGCACAUUACCCCCGACAGGUGAACAUUAACUCCUCCCCCCCUGUGAGCACAGAGAGCGGAGGCCCCGCCCUCAGCUCUUCUUCUACUGCAGGAAGGUCAUGAAGUAUUCUGCUGCUCUGUGGAUGAAAAAUGGGAGCGUGACUUCUCUUCCUCAUUUCCUGUCUUCAUUUCCACUUCUCUAUCUUCAUGCCGCAUCCUGACAAGACUGCAGGUGUGUGUAUGUGGGACCAGAGUGUUCAACUUUGUGCUUCAGAUUGUGUGUGUGUCUCUGUCAGUGUGUUCCAAAACCGGCCACCAUAGCUGAAUGAAGAAUUUUCUGCAUGUGUGUGAACCUUUGAGUCCUUUCACUUUAGUUUCUUUGUUUAUUCUUAAAUUACAAACUCAGACGCAGCAGUUUGAAGAUCCUCAGAGUUCAGAUUUGUUUGGGCUGGGCCCUGAGAGCGCGCGCACACACACACACACACACACACACACACACACACACGCACACGUGAAGAGGAGCUGCUGAAACAGGCUACAGGCAAACUACUGUCUUUUUUCUUCUGAUGUAUUUUAUUAUUUCUCUUCUUAUUUUUGCAGCCAGUGUGGAGUUAAGGUUUCGGGAUCAGGGUUAACUAUACUGUAGGAGCACGUUAGGUGGAGAGCUUAAUGUUUACACUUCCGUUACACACACACUUUUGCGCACACACACACAGACUACUACUGGGACUCUGCAGCCAUGUCUGACUGAGUAGUUUUAUUUAUCUAUUUAUUUAUUUAACAGAGGACAGAUUUUGUACACGAGGCUCAGCCUGUCAGCCUGCAGAGUCACAGUAGAUCCUGAAAGUGUUGCACAGAAUUAUUUCAGAGCGUACGUAUAUUUGAAUGGCUCUUUUCUUCUUCUCUGAUUUUGAAUAGGUCUGAGUAGAGUUUGCUUGGGCCAUAUACAUCCUUCAGGUGUGCGUUGAGUUGCUCGUCCUGCAGCAGAGGACUUUAAAAGGAUCGUCUCAGCGCUGCGUUUGUGUCUGUUCAGAGCUGCUAGUGGAAAGGGCCUCACCGAGUCUCGUCCCGUUUUCUGUCUUCUUGUUUGUCGUCUGAUUUUCGCUCGCCCUGUCAAUUAUAUUAAGCCUCAUCUCCGUUUAAACUCAGAGGGUUGUGUGAACUUUUGCAGGAAGUCACAGGCGCCAUUCUGUUUUUAAACAGUUUUCUUUGUGUGAGCACUUUCUGAGCGGCUCUGUGUGGUCGGUCUUGUGUUCAUUUUGACAGAGACAGAAGAUCUUCAUCAUUUCCUCUCUGAGCUCCUCCUCAUCCUCCUCCUCCUCUCACAUCUCUCUCCCCUCCAUCACUCUCCUCUCUGUGACUGUGAACUUUAAACAUGCCUGCUUUUAUUAACCACUCUUACAUGUUUUCAUCCAGAGCCUGAGCUCUCUGUGCACCCCCACGCUCACUCUUUAAUCCACACCUUAUUACUCUUCAUGUGUAACCCCCCCCCCCCCCCAUGAUUUUGAAGAGAAGGAUAUGAACUGUCGAUGGAUAAAGGGAACGCAGCAGAGAUGGAUGAUUCUGUUUGUUCCACACGCCGAGAGAAUCGUCGUUUUUUUUUUACCCUAUUGAAUGUGUAUGAUCUUGUGUGUGUGUGUGUGUGUUUACACAUGUAUGCAUGUGAGGAGUGUUAUUGUUGACCUCAUGUAUGUGUGUGUAAGACUACUUUGAAUCUACUUAUCCUGUAACACAGCGACUAGGAGGAGAAAUUCUCAGAGUGCACUUUGUAUGACUCCUCAUGCCUUUUUUGUUUUUCUACCUUUUAUUUCAAGUGCUUUCUUUUCUCUCCCUCUCUCUCUCCAUCUCUCUCUCUCUGUGUGAUUACUCUGAAGAGCUGCACAGGACUCUUUGAGCAGGAGUGAGUUACUACAAAACUGUAGUGCCAUUAGAAACUGUGAAUUUCUAAAUAAAACCUUUUUUUGUUGUCUUUCA